AUGUCAGAAGAUCCACAAUACGACCCGUACCUGUAUGAUGACUCACAGAGCAUCACCCCGGAAGAUUGUUGGACUGUGAUUACAUCCUUCUUUCAGGAAAAAGGGUUGGUGUCUCAGCAGUUGGACUCAUUUGACGAGUUUAUUGAAUCAACAAUUCAAGAGUUAAUCUGGGAAGACUCUCACUUGAUUUUAGACCAGCCAGCUCAGCAUACGUCUGAAAAGGACAACAAGAACAAGAGGUAUGAGAUUACUUUUGGUAAGAUGUACAUUUCCAAGCCAAGUCAGACUGAAGGUGACGGUACCACUCAUCCCAUGUUUCCACAAGAGGCAAGACUACGUAAUCUUACAUACUCAGCUCCUUUGUAUGUUGAUAUGUCAAAGAGAGUUUUCGAGUCUGACGACAAUGAUAGAAGAGACAACGAACUUGAGUGGAAGGAGCAGAUAAUUCAAGGGGAAGAAGGUGACAAUAAGGUAUAUUUGGGAAAGAUCCCGAUUAUGGUGAGAUCAAAAUUUUGCAUGUUGAGAGACUUGGGUGAGCAAGAAAUGUUUGAGUUGAAAGAGUGUCCGUACGACAUGGGAGGUUACUUUGUCAUCAACGGCUCUGAAAAAGUUUUGAUUGCGCAAGAGAGAAGUGCAGCAAACAUUGUACAGGUAUUUAAGAAGGCGGCACCAUCUCCGAUAUCUCACGUGGCAGAGAUUAGAUCAGCUAUUGAAAAAGGUUCGAGAUUGAUCUCAUCCAUGCAAAUCAAGCUUUACGGCCGUGAUGAAAAGAGUCUGUCAGCUAGAACCAUCAAAGCAACUUUGCCGUAUAUCAAGGAGGACAUCCCUAUUGUCAUUGUAUUUAGAGCUCUUGGUGUUGUUCCCGAUGGUGAUAUUUUGGAACACAUUUGUUACGAUGCAAACGAUUGGCAAAUGUUGGAAAUGUUGAAGCCUUGUGUGGAGGAAGGUUUUGUUAUUCAAGAGCGAGAGGUGGCGCUUGAUUUUAUUGGUAGAAGAGGGGUUUUGGGUAUAAGGAGAGAAAAACGUAUUCAGUAUGCCAAAGAUAUCUUACAAAAGGAGUUGUUACCUAAUAUUACCCAAGAAGAAGGAUUUGAGACGAGAAAGGCAUUUUUCCUUGGGUAUAUGGUCAACAGACUACUUCUUUGUGCUUUGGAAAGAAAAGAGCCCGAUGACAGAGAUCAUUUUGGUAAAAAGAGGCUAGAUUUAGCGGGACCUUUAUUGGCCAAUUUAUUCCGUAUCUUGUUCAAAAAAUUGACCAAGGAUAUUUACAACUACAUGCAGAGAUGUGUUGAGAAUGACAAAGAAUUCAACUUGACUUUGGCGGUUAAAUCUCAAACUAUUACUGACGGAUUGCGUUACUCGUUAGCUACCGGUAACUGGGGUGAACAGAAAAAGGCCAUGAGCUCAAGAGCCGGUGUUUCACAAGUGUUGAAUCGUUAUACCUACUCAUCUACUUUGUCACAUUUAAGAAGAACAAAUACACCUAUUGGAAGAGAUGGUAAAAUCGCAAAACCUAGACAGUUGCACAACACUCAUUGGGGAUUGGUUUGCCCCGCCGAGACUCCUGAAGGUCAAGCGUGUGGUUUGGUGAAGAAUUUAUCCUUGAUGACGUGUAUUUCUGUUGGUACUCCAUCAGAACCUAUCCAGUCGUUUUUGAGGGACUGGGGUUUGGAGCCUUUAGAAGACUAUGUUCCAUCCAACUCACCCGAUGCCACGAGAGUGUUUGUUAAUGGUGUUUGGGUUGGUGUACAUAGGGAACCAGCGUCAUUGGUUGACUAUAUGCGUGACCUUAGAAGAAACGGAGACAUCUCCCCAGAGGUUUCCAUCAUCAGGGAUAUACGAGAAAAAGAACUCAAGAUUUUUACCGAUGCAGGAAGAGUGUAUCGUCCAUUGUUUAUUGUUGAUGAUGAUCCAGAUUCUGAAACCAAAGGUGAUUUGAAAUUACGUAAGGAGCAUGUCAACCAAUUGUUGGAAUCUUCAUAUGAUGGACUCGAUGAUGAGCCAUCAUACACUUGGUCGUCGUUGGUUAGGGAAGGUAUUGUUGAGUAUGUGGAUGCCGAAGAAGAAGAGACCAUCAUGAUUGCCAUGACCCCCGAUGAUUUGGAAGCGUCAAAGAGUAGCUUGACUGAAACCCAACAACAAGACUUACAAAUGGAGGAGCAAGAACUAGACCCAGCAAAGAGAAUUAAACCAACCGGUAGUAGUAAUACCCACACUUUUACUCAUUGUGAGAUCCAUCCGUCAAUGAUUUUAGGGGUAGCGGCAUCUAUCAUCCCAUUCCCCGAUCACAACCAAUCUCCUCGUAAUACUUAUCAAUCCGCGAUGGGUAAGCAGGCCAUGGGUGUGUUCUUGACAAAUUAUGCAGUGAGAAUGGAUACCAUGGCAAAUAUUUUGUAUUACCCACAAAAGCCACUUGCCACUACUAGAGCAAUGGAGCACUUGAAGUUCCGUGAGUUGCCAGCUGGGCAAAAUGCCAUAGUUGCUAUUGCAUGUUAUUCCGGAUACAAUCAAGAAGAUUCUAUGAUUAUGAAUCAGUCAUCUAUAGAUAGAGGGUUGUUCCGGUCAUUAUUUUUCCGUUCGUACAUGGAUUUGGAAAAACGCCAAGGUAUGAAGGCUUUGGAAACAUUUGAAAAACCUUCCAGAUCCGACACAUUGCGGUUGAAACAUGGCACAUAUGAAAAGUUAGAUGAUGACGGUUUGAUUGCUCCGGGUGUACGGGUCAGUGGAGAAGAUAUAAUCAUUGGUAAAACCACUCCUAUCCCCCCUGAUACCGAGGAAUUGGGUCAAAGAACACAGUACCACACCAAGAGAGAUGCUUCUACUCCAUUGAGAAGUACCGAAUCUGGUAUUGUUGAUCAAGUCUUGUUGACAACCAACGGUGAUGGGGCCAAAUUCGUCAAGGUGAGGAUGAGAACAACAAAAAUACCCCAAAUUGGUGACAAGUUUGCGUCAAGACACGGUCAAAAGGGUACUAUUGGUGUCACUUAUAGGCACGAGGACAUGCCUUUCACAGCCGAAGGUAUUGUCCCAGAUUUGAUUAUCAACCCACAUGCCAUUCCAUCGCGUAUGACGGUUGCGCAUUUGAUUGAAUGUUUGUUGUCAAAGGUGUCGUCGUUAUCUGGUCUCGAAGGUGAUGCGUCACCAUUCACUGAUGUUACUGCAGAGGCCAUUUCUAAAUUGUUACGUGAGCAUGGCUACCAGUCAAGAGGAUUUGAGGUUAUGUACAAUGGUCACACGGGUAAGAAACUUAUGGCACAAGUAUUCUUUGGACCCACUUACUACCAAAGAUUGAGACAUAUGGUCGACGACAAGAUCCACGCAAGAGCAAGAGGACCGGUACAGGUGUUGACCAGACAGCCAGUUGAAGGUAGAUCUAGAGAUGGUGGUUUGCGUUUUGGAGAAAUGGAGAGAGAUUGUAUGAUAGCUCAUGGUGCCGCUGGAUUCCUUAAAGAGAGGUUGAUGGAGGCAUCCGAUGCGUUCAGAGUGCACGUUUGUGGAAGUUGUGGAUUAAUGUCAGUCAUUGCCAACUUGAAGAAAAACCAGUUUGAGUGUCGUUCUUGUAAAAACAAGACAAACAUUUAUCAAAUUCAUAUACCUUAUGCUGCCAAGUUGUUAUUCCAAGAACUUAUGGCCAUGAACAUCACCCCAAGAUUGUAUACUGAAAGUUCAGGGGCUAGCAUUCGUGUAUAA